AUGAUGAAAGUUCAAGUCAUUUCAAGAGAAAAUAUCCAACCUUCAUCUCCAACACCAAACCACCUCAAAAAAUUCAAUCUUUGUCUCUUGGAUCAACUCAUUCCAGCUCCUUAUGCACCAAUUGUACUCUUUUAUCCAAAUCUUGAUGACGUUAAAGCCCGCGAAAAAUCAGCAUUGUUAAAGAAAUCACUAGCUGUGACAUUAUCAUCCUUUUAUCCCCUUGCAGGGAGGUUUAAAGAUGAACUCUCUAUUGAUUGCAAUGAUCAAGGAGUUAAUUAUGUCACAACCAAUGUUAAGUGUCAUCUAAUCGAUUUCCUACACGAACCAAACCUCGAAUCGAUUAGUCAGUUUCUUCCUUGUCAACCUCCUUUUAAGGAACUAGGUGCAGGAGAUUGUGUCACUAACAUUCAAAUAAAUGUUUUUGAAUGUGGUGGCAUUGCAAUUGGUUUGUGUAUAGCACAUAAGGUUCUUGAUGGAGCAGGUCUUAGUACAUUUCUGAAAAGUUGGGCUGGAUUAGUCCAGUGUCCUAAUUUAUUAGCAAAUUACUUUUUUCCUGCUGAGAGUUUGUGGUUACGAGACACAUGUAUGACAAUGUGGAGUUCAAUGUUCAAGAAAGGAAAUUUUGUAACAAAGAGGUUUGUUUUCAGUGCUUCUGCUAUAGACAACCUUAAAGUUAUGUCAACAAGACCAUAUAUCAAAUAUCCUACUAAAGUUGAGGUUGUCUCAUCUUUCAUGUGGAAAUGUUUAGUAUCAAAUAAGAGGUCCACUAGUUCACUGCUAACACACAUAGUGAACUUGAGAAAAAGAGCAGCACCGGCUUUACCGGAGAACAUUCUUGGAAAUCUUAUUUGGCUAUCUAGUGCAAAGAAGACAGCAAAACAUGACAUGGAGUUGCCUGAUUUGGUGAAUCAGGUAAGAAAAUCUAUAUCGAGGAUCGAUGAUCAUUAUGUCAAGAUGUUGAGAAGUGAUGAAGGGUGCAGUUUGAUGAGAAAGUCUCUCAAGGAGAUAGGAGAUUUUUGCACAAAAGGGGCAAGUCACUAUGGUUUUAGUAGUUGGUGCAAGUUUGGAAUCUAUGAUAUUGAUUUUGGAUUUGGAAAACCAAUAUGGGUGAGUAGUAUAAGUUCAAGGUGUUCAUUUUUCAUGAAUCUUGUCAUACUUAUGGAAACUAGGUGUGUUGAUGGAAUUGAAGCAUGGGUGACAUUGGAUGAAGAAGAAAUGAACAUGUUAGUAGGUUGUCAAGAACUCUUGGUUUUUGCUUCCGUAGACCCUAGCCCUCUUCCUCUCUACCUCCCAAGGUCGGGUAGGUUGCAUACGCGCUAA